CCUGCCGGAGGUCGUGUAAGUCGAGAGCGUCAAUAAAUUUUUGGGAUCCAACCCACCAGCUUUUCCUCGGCCCUGCGCGACACCCAACUCCUCCCGUCUCGACUUGGGGCCUCUCGCGGUUGCAAAUUUGCCUUCAUGUUCUCUCCCUCGGCACUGGGUGGCUCGGUCUGUCUAAGAUGCCAAAUCCGCGUCGUAACCCGUCGAGCACCUACGCUUCUUGCCGCAACCCAAGUCCGCGGUAGGCGACGACAAUAUGCCUCCGAUGCCACGACCCCCCAACGAGAAGACGUCCCGGCUGUAUUCGAAGCAAGGGUGCAUGAUAGCAAGACAGAACAGGGGCCUGACGAGACUCGGCCACCUCAACCCGACGAGCCCUCUCCUUCCGUGAUCCCCAAGCAGACUUUGUCCGAUCCACAGCAGGAUAAUCUUGGGGACGCCCGGCUUGGCCCUGAUAGGAGUGCAACCGAUGACGGCAAUCACGAUGCCAUUGAAAGACAUGCCGGGCGGGAUCAGGUUUCACGAGCCGACUUCGACCCCGUAGAAAGCGCGCUCACCAGCAAACCCGAGCACAUAAUACAAGACGGGACAGGUGCAUGGAAAACAAAUCAGAUUCAGAAAUCUUCAGUGGGCCAGGCCCAGCAGGACUCUACAUCCACGACGGCUGGCGCGCUGGCAAAUCGCACAUGUCCCCAAUGUCGAAAGGUCUUCUCCAGUCCGGCAGGACGCGAUGACCACACCAGGCAGGGCUGCGCGUCGCUGAAGCCACCAAGACACCUCGAGUGUCUAAAAUGCGGGAAUAUUUUUGCUACCAAGAAGCUACUGCAUCGGCACCUGGCGACAAGUCCCUGUUCCGGAAGAGCCAGGUCACAGAAGUUGGCUGGAAAAGAUAGUGGUCGGAAUGUCGAGGACAUUCUUACACAGGCUGCCGCGGCAUUCUCCAGAAGCCAGGCUGCUUCCAGAGGGAAACUUAAAGUCGUCGAUGAUUGGGACCUUCCUCGGCGCGAGGAUGUACGUCUCCAAGCUGCCCCAGCUGAUCGCGAGCCGUUCAAAUCCACCGGGCAAGGCGCUGCAGCGGGUAUGGAGGACAACAACCUAGGUAAGACCGAGAUCCUGGACGACAAUGCGGGCGCGGCGGGCAAAAAUCCUACCCUUCAAAUGUCAAUUGCUAGAGAUCGCGACAUGGGAAAUCAGAGGCGAGCAGAGGAUGGCUCCCCCGUGGCCCUGAUUCGAAGAAUCGGCAAAGUCGACCCUUCUACCAGCGGUCGGAAGAAACAUCACAGAAGAGGCGACAUGCUGCUGGUGGAAGAUGCCUCGAAACUUGGCAUUGAAUCCCUUGGUAAAGCAGCUGAAGUCAUCGUUUUAAGGGAUGGCCGUCAAUGGGAAAGAAAGACCCGUCCAGUCGCGGCCAGCUCAGAAGGAACAACGGACGAAGGCUUGAAGAUCGAAGAUUGGCUGGAAGAACAAGGCGUCCUCAGCCUAGACGACGUCGUGAAAAAUAUUCAUGGACUGAAACCGGAGCGCCGCAUUGUGUCCGCACGGGAGUACAAGUCCCUGUUCAACACGCUAUUCGAUGGUUUCACGAUUGCUCAGCUCGAGAAUUACGUGGUGUGGCACCGUGAACAGCCAAUCCUGGAGACGAUCAAGGAUGAGGUCUUUGGCGAGACCAAGACUGCAAGCGAAGAACCGGCUAUGCCCGCUGACGUGCCCCCAGAGCAUCGUCAUUAUGCUUGGAUGGCAGAAGAGGCGCAUUGGACUCCCCAUGUGGACGGUGCUGUGGAAGACGCACAAUACCCUCUGGCCGGAUAUAUAAUGAAAUCUAUGCCGCCAAAGCAAAGAUUAGUCGUCCAGCUUAUGCGGGAGUGCUGGGACAUAUCGAUACAAGAGCUUCUGAACGGCAAUGGCCGUGUCGACAUUCGAGUGCGCGACCUGGAAUUCAAACUCCUCACUCUCGGUUCUCAAUCCUGGUUGCGGAACUUAUCGCGACGCUUCUUGAAAGAGGGACAGCAGAUCGAAGUUCGACGCUCCAGCAACCUCAUCCGCAUAACAGCUCCAAAGACCGUUGCUGAGACGUGUGUAAAUCGAUUGGGUGAUACACUGCAGAAGAGCAAGACCAGGACUCUCGAAUUGGACCGAAUCCCCGUGGGACAUCUUGAUGCUUCAACACUGGAGGAACUUGGAGGAAUUACGAACUCGAUCGUUCAUUUCGGUCCUGGGCGGAAAACGAUUCAAGUUACCUGGAUCGAUGUGUGGGACGCAGAGACACAAUCUACAUUCGAGAACCCGGGAGACCAGGUUUUCCGCCUACUUUUGACAGCCAGUCCACCUGCCAGGACAUGGAGCGACCUGGCAGUCUACCCAGAUGUUGAGGGCAAUGGCAGGCUUAUUCAGGACCACAGCAACAAGGAGAAAUUUCCGUGGACAGCCCGGCGCAGCGAAUGGGCUCGACUUUGUCUGCCACUCACGUCAAAGCAGCAACGAGCAGCUAACGCGUGGCCGCCGACGACUGAGAUCCUCCGAUUCAAAGUUCAGCCAACUGAAGAAGAUCUUGCUGUGCCAUACUCCACAUACCAGCGCAAAGUGGACAAGUUGGAUGAAACCGUGAGCCCAUUGGGACUUCCAAAGUCGGAGGAAGAAAAGUCCAAAGGACAGACUCCAGUGCAGGAGCCAGAAACUACGCGUGCCACCCCGUCGGGUUGGCGACCUUUCAAAAUCACGACCAAAGCAGCAUUCGGGCACGUCUUACACCUUGGUGGACCAAAGCUGGCUGAGAGCAUCACUCGUCCGCACGUAACAAACACCCUUGCCAAGUGGCCGAGAAUUUUCGCCCCUCUAAUGCCACAUGUGGCUGAGAUGGCCCUCCCCGCAUGGUCCCCCUAUGAUGAAGGGGUCACCAAGGCCAGAGCAUUAACGGUUCUGAUGCGUUUUGCGCCAUAUUCGGAAGACGCCGAAUCCGCCAUCUAUACUGAGAGAGCACCGCCUCUCGAACUGCGUCUUACUGCUGAUGACCUCGAGAUCAAAGGGGUCCACUCCCUGCGCGCAAUAAACAGAACGAGCAUCUCCGACAUCCUCCUCCCCGCGGAGCACGUCGACGUCCGCACAACGCAGCAAGAGUAUGCCGAGCUCUCCCCGAACAUCAUUGACUCCAUAGAGGGAAUGGAGCCGCUGCGCGAGUUCCUGAAUAAGUCACGCUUCGAUCUUCGAAAGGGCAAGCUCAACACGCCCCCGAGGCUGCACAACCUGGGGCUGCCGAGGUGGCUGCUAGCGCCACCCCUCGACAUCGCCACCACGGAGCCGAGCUCGAGGGCAGAUGUGAAGAGGAAGAGGGCCGCGGCCGCGGCGCAGCCGCCCCAGAACCUGCCACACACGCCCGAGGGCAACCAGAUCAGGAACGCUUCGUACGUGUUCGCGGGGCUCGAGUUCCGCUACGCGGUGGAGACGACGUACGACGGCUGGAAGCUCGUGUACACGAGCAUCGAGGGCGGCGCGAGCGGCGGGCGGCGCGCCGAGCUGAGCCUCGAGGCCGUGCCGGGCUACGACAAGGACCUGCGCAGGGCCAAGGAAGCCAUCAACGCCACCUUCUUCCUGCGAUCUAUCUACCAGCUGGCCACGGGCCAGCCAGGCCACCUCGUACGCAGGGCUGAUGGCGAGGAGCAGGUCAGGACCAGUAUCUCGUGGGUACGGUAGGGAGUUGGGCCGGGAAAAGAAAAUUGAAGGGUAGAUAGAGUGGGCUCUUGUCACGCGACGUGGUGGUGCAUGUAGAACCCGUAGCCUACGUGAUGGAAAAUGGAGCCGAAAUCCCCAAUCA